CCGUUAUUUCACAGGGAGUCACCUACCGGCCUGCCGACGUGGCGGGGCGGAAGAGGAGCCGCUGGCUGGCACUGAACGGAUCACCAUGUCCCAGGCUGACGCAGACCCCUCUGCUGACCUCACCCCUCCACCCACCCAGCCCCCUCACACUGACCCUGGCUGCUGUCAGGAUGUCCCAGCAGCCCUUUCACCGCCCUCAGCCCCUCUGCAGCCUCCUUUGGCCCCUGACAGCUUCGACCUCCCACAAUCCACCGCCGAGGCAACGACCACAGAGGACACCACUGCCAUGACUAACGUUUCAGAGGGUCCGGCUGACCAACCAGAGCCUGCGGCUGAGGGUCAGGUGGUCAUAUGUGACCAACCAGUGAGCCUGGAGCCAGACCCAGAGGCUGCAGAGGAGGAUGUGGAGGGGUCACUUCAAGAGAAAGAAAAAGGUUGGGGAGGUUGGAGUUCAUGGGGAAAAUCUAUCCUGAGCAGUGCCACCUCCACAGUGGGUCAUAGCCUGACCUCAGUUAAAGCGAAGGCAGGAGAAGCUCUGCGUCUCCACAGGACCUCAGUAGGAGAGGAGGCGCAAGAAGAGGAGGAAGGGGGAGCUGAGGAGGGGAAGAAAGAGGGAGGAGGUGAAAGUGGAGAGACUGACCUGUCCAGUUCUGGGGAGUCUCCUGUUAAUGCUGCAGCUCCCGGCAGGGGCGUCUUCUCUACGAUCACACACGCCGUGCAGAACACAGGUAAGUCUGUGAUCACUGGAGGUUUGGAUGCCUUGGAGUUCAUUGGAAAGAAGACCAUGACCGUUCUUGCUGAGAGUGACCCAGGUUUCAAAAAGACCAAGACCCUGAUGCAGAAGACUGCAUCACUGAGUCAGAUGUUAAAGGAAGCCAAAGAGAAAGAGCGGGCACGUCUGGGCACCCAGCCAAUCAGUGCGCCCACAGCUCACUACACUAUUCUGUUUGACGACUACCAGGGCUUGUCCCACCUCGAGGCCCUGGAGAUCCUGUCCAAUGAGAGCGAGGCCAAGGUCCAAGCCUUCCUCUCCUCCCUGGAGGAAGAGGAGCAGGAGGAGGUAAAGAAGGAGCUGAUUUUCAUUAAGAACAUCUUCAUCAAGCGAGAGGAAGGAGAGGAAGGAGAAAAAGAGGAAAAAGAAGAAGAGGGAGAACAGACGAAGGAUAACGGUGAUCUAAGUUCCCAAUUACAGUGUUCUACCCCCCUAUCGACUGAUGGCGAGGAGUUUGUGAGCGUUCUCACUGAGUUGCUGUUUGAGCUUCACGUUGCUGCAACACCUGACAAACUCAAUAAGGCUCGGAUGAGGGCCCAUGAUUGGGUGAGCGAGGUGGAACAGCCUGUCACUACGGAGACGGUUGGCAAGGAAACGCAGGACCAGCCGGCAGGAGAGACCUCACCUGGAGAGAACGAUAAGGAGGAGAAGAAGAAAGACGGAGAAGAGCAGGGGGAGGAGAAGGGCGAGGUGGAGGGAGAGAAGGGAGGAGAGGAAGAAAAGAAGGAGAAAGAGAACGACCCCAGAUCUGUAGAGGCUGUCUACCUGUCAUCAGUCGGCAGUCUGGCAGAAGUGACGGCUCGCAGUAUUGAGCAGCUCCACAAGGUGGCAGAACUCAUCCUCCAUGGCCAGGACUUGGAGAAACCAGCCAGAGACCAGGCCCACAUCCUCACCAGGUUGACAUGUGCCAUGUGCAAGGAGGUGGAGUGUUUGGCCAAGAAGUUCUGUGAUACCCUGCUUCUUGUUGGGGGCCAGAGGAAAGCAGAGGAGUUGAAUCCACUAGUAGAUAGUGUGCAGCUAGAGGGCUCCAACAGCACCAACUACAUUGAGAAUGCAUUGCAGCUGCUGCUUCCCGUCCUGCAGAUCUCUCACAUCCAGAGCCAGCACUGUCAGUCCACCACAGAACCAGCAGCACAGACACAGCAUUAACACACACACACACACACACACACACACACACACACACACACACACACACACACA